UCUAUAUUUAGGAAGAACAACUGUGAGCUAUGACAGGAAUUCUCUUUAACACUUAGCCUUAAACUGAGUUCCCCUCUAGCCCCAAGCCAGGAGCAGCUCUCAGAACUGAAGAGACACAGAGCACUCCAGCUAUUUCAGCUACAUGAAAAGCGCUGGAAUUGUGAUCCUAGCUCAGACGACACCGGGAGUUCCUUCUAUCCUCUAAAGAGCUUUGUGUUUUUUCACCUGACUGCCUGGGACUGUCCUCAGGCAGUAAACAAAUCCAGAGAGCAGUGCCGGGCUUGGUCUCAACAACAAGCUUGCAUAGACAGAAUCAUCUUUUCAAGAGCUUUGCUUUGGUCGCUGUUUUCCUGUACCCAGCAGGGUAGAGGGCAGUACUCAGUGUCCUUCCUUGUCUCCGUGGGCACCAGAUUCCAAGGGGUAAGACGUCGUGAAUAUGUCGAAACAGCCAAUUUCUAACGUUAGAACCAUCCAGGCAAACAUCAAUAUUCCAAUGGGAGCCUUUCGCCCAGGAGGUGGGCAGCCCCCUAGAAGAAAAGAGGCUACUCCUGUGGCAGAGGAAGGGGCUCCUUCCACUUCGGAGGAAGAGAAGAAACCAAUUCCUGGAGCUAAGAAACUCCCAGGACCUGCUGUCAACCUCCUGGAGAUCCAGAACGUUAAAAGUGAACUGAAAUAUGUUCCCAAAACUGAACAGUAGUUCAGUGGAGA